CAUUGUUGGUGCUAUAAAUGCCAGGUUUUUAAAUGAGCUUAUCAAGUCUGUAUUGUUUUUGGUGUUGUUGACAAUUCUAGUUUCUUGAGUCUUUUGGGGACUUUAUUUUGUGCGCAAAGAAACUUCAGAGAGGAAUUUUAGCUUCACUCUUAUUUUUUAAAAUGGAAUCUGUAAUUGGAGGAGCUGUUGUCGGAAAGAUUUGUGAGAUGGCUGUUGAGAUGGCCAUUCAGAAAUUAGCUGAAGCAGCAAAGCCGGUGGUGAACUUAAGAAAGGAUUUCAGAUGGUUGAAGGCGGAACUCAGAUCUGUGAGGGCUUUUCUGCAAGAUGCUGAUCACCAGUCUAGUCAUAAGGAUGAUGUCAAACAAUGGCUCGAGAACAUUCGUUAUAUUGCCAUGCGCGCAGAGGACAUCUUUGAAGAAUGUGCUAUUCAAUCUAUGUAUGAUCGAUCCUUUGGGUUGAGUUAUCGUCAAUGGAUUUUUCGUUACAAAAUAGGGCGGCAAAUUAGAGACAUCAAGGGUCGCAUGAGAUCUAUUACUGAACGGGCCAACCAGCUGAGUCUACAUCGUUCAGUUUUGGCUGCAGAUGAAGCAUUAAUGCCCAGUACAUCUCAAAUUGCAGCUGUAGAAUACUUGAAGAGGUCUAGUCUUCUGCCCAGCGAUUCACAUCCAGUGGGAAUAGAGUCCAAGGUUGAUGACAUACUCAGCUUGUUGAAUGACCCAGCCUUUCCAGUUAUUGCUGUGGUUGGGAUGGGCGGGAUAGGCAAGACCUAUCUUCUUCAAAAUGUUUACAAAAAGGCAAAAGAAAGGUACGAGAAAUGCAUAUGGCUUUCAGUUUCUCAGUCCUAUUCUAUUUCAAAGCUGCAAUGUGACAUAGCCUCCGACUUAGGUUUAAGUUUAGAUAGACUAAGUGAACCUAAAGCUGCAGAGAAGAUUCAUGAAAGUUUGCAAGGUAAAAGGUGUCUUGUUGUGUUAGAUGAUGUGUGGAGGGCUUCCAGAGAAGAAGACUUCUUAACUAAACUUGGCCUCCCAAGUGGAAACAUUAAUAGCCAAUGUAAAAUUGUGGUUACCACACGAAGCAAGGUGGUUUCUACAAAUUUGAAUGCUCAUAUGUAUGAGAUGAAACAUAUGUCAGAUGAAGAGAGUUGGAGGCUUUUUUGUGUUUAUGCAUUUGGAGGAUUCGAGGAAAAUAUAGAGCCGCAGCAGCAGCUGCUAAAAGAGGUGGGUCGUAAGAUUGUGAAGCAAUGUGGAAAUUUGCCUCUGGCUGUGAAAACAAUAGCAGCAUCUCUAGCCAACAAAAGUCUCGACAAAUGGGAGUUGAAGCUCCGUCAGCUGGAACAGGUAAUUAUUUCUGUUGGUGACAAUGAUGACCCUAUCAUGGGUAUUCUGAAAUUGAGUUAUGACUCUUUGCCCGCACGCUUUAAAGCCUGCUUUGCAUAUCUUUCCUUCUUUCCUGAGGAUGAGCAGAUAGAUCCUGAGUAUCUGGUCAAUCUUUGGAUUGGAGAAGGAUUUAUCCCUGCAGGAGAGGACCAAUUGGAUGUGGCAUGGGAUUCUUUACAACAACUUGCCAAUCUGUGUCUGCUUGAGAUUUCUGAAGAUUUGAAGGAUUAUUAUGAGCUAAGAAAACAUUGCAAAAUUCAUGAUUUGCUGUUAGAUUUGGCCAUGCACAUAUCGAAAGAAAAUAAAUGUGCUCUUUCUGUUGAGGAAGCCUCUACAAAUACAAGUGAUGGUGAUGGCACUGCCUGGUGUCGGGUUUUACUGGCCAAGAAAGAUGUAGAUGAUAAUGCCAUCUCAGAGACCCAUCCUCUUUGUCUCCGCACAUUCUCACUCUCUCAAAAUGAGGAGAUUACAAGCAUUCCAGAAAAGUUGUUUAUGGCUAUGAGAGGACUGCGCGUUCUAGAUUUGAGCUUCACAAACAUCUCUACAUUGCCUGCGUCCGUUGGAAAGAUGAAACUUCUUAAAGUCUUGAACUUAAGAAAGACACGGAUUUAUGAGGUUCCAAAGUGCGUGAGACAUCUGAAAAGCCUCUUGUUUUUGGCUUUACAUGAGAGAUGCCGGCGAUUACCAGCAUGGAUAAGUGACCUUAGAUGUCUUCAGCAUUUAGAAUGCAUGUUUGUUAGCUGCAUCCCGAAGGGAAUAUCAAAGCUGGGCUCUCUGAGAACACUGCGAACAUGGCCGUUGCAGCUGUCCAACUCCAUACAAGAAGGGGAAGAAUUGAUGAGGUUAGAGGAUUUGGGCAAUAUGACUCAGCUUCAGGAACUAUGGUUAUCUAUUCAGAAUGAGGUGGAAUUGAAGACGAUGGGGAUCCUUGCGAACCUGGUGAAGAUGCGUCGUCUGCUAGUCAAAAGUAGAAUAUUGCCAGUUGGGUCAGAAAUCGAUCUACCGCAUAUUCCGGAGAAUAUGAGAGCAAUGAAACAUCUGGAAAGUCUUCGACUAGCAAAGUUUGCAGUGCCAAGUUGGACAUGUGAUUUGGCAAAUUUGAGGGAAUUGCAAUUACUAGAGUGUGAAUGUAGUGAUUAUCCGGAGUUACAAAGACUGCCUAAUCUAGUCUUGUUGUACUUGAAAGGGAAUGGGAGGUGCAGAGAAUUGCCAAAGGCGUUUGGAAAGUCCGGGGGGUUUCCACGCCUCCGCUUCUUCAGAAUUGAAGAAUUCUAUCAAUUAGAGGAGUUCUCAGAAUUGGAGGAGGGAGGCAUGGCAUGCCUCGAGAAGUUGGAGAUUCUGUCGUGUUCUAAACUGAAAGAAGUGGUAUAAAAGUGCAAAUCAAAGCCCACAAUCCUUAUAUUAACCUCAAUUAUGAGUAAUUCUUUUAUUUAUAUUGUUUUGUAUUUUUAUAUAGUAAGAAAAAUAUUAUAUUAAAGUUGAGUGCAAAGAGAGACGUUGAGAAGAAAAUUUGAUAAAGCAA